AUGGCCAUGAGAACAAUGCCCACACCGUCAAAACAUGUCAAAUUCGUCGCCUCCGAUCCUUCACGUGGCGGCCUCCCCGUGAAGCGCAAGCAGGUCCAGCAUGCUUGUGCUUCAUGUCGCAAGAAGAAGAGGAGGUGUGUUCACGCCGAGGAUGCUGUGGAUGAAAGUACAGUCUCGCCGCCUGUGACGGGCUCAGAGGAACCGCAAGAUGAUUCAAACCCCCAGUCAGCAUCGAUUCCUCUCUCUACACCGAGAACAGCUCUCCCAGAUCACAGCGGAACGGCGCGUCCAUCUCCUCAAUCUCGUGAUCUCACUUUCCCCUCGCCUACAUUACGAGAAUCCACCAGCACGCCCAAAACGCAGUCCUCCUCCCGCUUCGUCGGCGAUCUCAACCCAGAGGGCAUGUUCAUGGAAGCAACAGGCUCAGCUUCAGUCCGCGAAACUUCUCAGAAAGGCGAUGUGGGGAUUUGGCUGUCGUCCAAUGGUGGUCCUGGUCAGGCAUCUCAGUUCAUCACCUCGCGACCUCCGCCUAUCAUGGAUCAAUUCCUGCUUCCCUUUGUAAAAGAGCAUUGUCUCUCAUGUCUUCCUCCAGAACAAGAUUUUCGCAAGUUGCGCCGCUUGUACCUCGACAAGAUCCAUCCUAUCCUCCCCGUCAUUCCUGAGCCAGCUCUGGACCUUCCUGCCGAUGAGCCUGUGACUAUCGUGCUUCGACAGCUAGUCUGUCUGGCCGCUUCCACCGAUCCCUCCAUGGCGCGAUAUCUCCGAUUGCAAAACCGCGGUGACGAGGUAUUAGAAUGUCAAGACUUUAUGCAAUCGCUAUCGUCCGCCGUGCGCGCCAUCCUCGAAACAAGUAUUAUCACAGAUCGCGUCCUUCACAUCAGAGCGCUCAUCAUUCUCGCCCUGUACACUCAACCCAGCAGCUCCGAAGAAGCAGAUCUCCCCGCGCAACUCGGCGGACGAGCAAUCCACCACAUCCAAACCCUCGGUCUUCACCUCCUUAGGUACGAUGCGCCGAAUUGCGAGGAACUGGAGACGUUGUUCUGUGCUGUCUGGGCGGUUGAUCGGAUAACUGCUGCUGCUUACGGAAGACCCUGCUUGAUGCAUGAGAGGGACAUUGGUGCUAAUCUUGACGGCUGUAUUAAGAAGCGCCCGCCUUGUUUUAGGCUCUUCUUGUCUGUGAUACAGUGGUUGGAUCAAGUCAUUGAACUGUAUCGCCCGGGACCUAGCGCUGAGGCAUCCGGUCUGGACAAGAUAGCCUACAUCGACCUCCCAGUCCUCGAAGCCAUGAUUGUCAACGCCGAUGCCCUCAAAGUCCCUGGCUCACUAAUCGCAACCAUCGAAACCUUCUACCACGCCGUCAUCAUCCUAUCAUGCCGCCUCCCGCGCCCCGGCACUCUCACAGCAGCAUCAACCCUCCCACCCCCCUCCGCCAACGCCCGUCGCUCCCUCGCCGCCGAGAGAAUCGCCUGCGCUGUUCUUCGCGACCACCUAAGCCCCAUGCCCUUCGUCCCCUACGCUGUGUGUCUGGCCCUGAGUGUCGAGUAUCGCAAGAUGAGACACAGCCGGCUGCCCAUGUUCCGGAGCCGGGCCAUGCACGCGUUUCGACGCAAUUGCGAGAUGCUGCGCAAGUUUGGUGAUUGUUUCUGGAGCGCUAAUGUCGUGGCUGGGCUGGGGGAACGGGUGUUGAAGGAGAUGGAACGUGCUGCUAACACUCUCACGAGAGAGGCGACACCGCCUCCGCAUGAGGGAACACCAAACUCCGUCCCCUCUUCGCUCUCCCAGUCCGUCUCUCGACCGCCUGAGUUUUGUGGCGCAGUAGCCAAUCCCACCAUGAUCAACUCUGUGCCUAGCGUGGAGCAACCCGUUGACUUUUCGCUCAUCGACGCCAUCUCCGGGGCGGAUGUCUUUGGCGCCAUCGAUCCCAGCUUCAAUCUGGGCGCCGUGGAGGACGCUCUCGAGGCGAAUCUCGACAUUGGUCUUCCCAUGAAUUGGGUAGAUUGGGGGCAAUACGCGACGUUGUCGUGA